UAAAGAUCUUUUAGUCUAGAUUGCCCCUUAGGAACAAAAGAAAGCCCUAAAAUGAAAUGAAACACCCAUCUAAAAACUUCAGAUGGUGUGGAAGACACUGUCAAUUUCUUCUAAAACCCCUUUUUCAUCAACACAUGGCUUCCAAGACGCUGCCUUCUGCUUCUUCCACUGUUUCAAUUUCUUCCAAACCUAAGCUCUCCUCUCUAUUUACUCAAUCUCCCACAAUUCCAUCAUCAAUUCCCCAAAUUUCCCCUUCAAAUCAUCCUAAAUCCCCGCCCCAACCACUUCCAUCACAGCAAAACUUCGAUACACGGAUUUCCUCUCAACACCGCCUUCCGACCUUCCUACAGAAUUGCCGGACAGGCUUUGCGGCCAUGGCAGCGAUUUUAAGGAGGGGUUAUAUUCCUGAUAAAAUCACAUAUUCCACCUUGGUUAAGGGCUUGUGUAUGGAGCAUAGGAUUAGUGAAGCGACACGACUAUUUAUGAGAAUGCAUAAGUUAGGUUGUAGGCAUGAUGUGGUUACUUAUGGAACUUUAAUCAAGGGGCUCUGUCGAACGGGGAAUAUUAACAUUGCACUUAAGUUGCAUCAAGAAAUGCUCAAUGAAACUGGUCAAUAUGGGAUUAAUUGUAAGCCUGAUGUUAUUUGCUAUAGUAUCAUCAUAGAUGGGCUUUGUAAGUAUAGACGGGAAGAUGAGGCAAGAGAACUUUUUGAGGAAAUGAAAACUCAGGGAAUGAUUCCCGAUGUCAUUUCAUAUACCUCUUUGAUUCAUGGAUUUUGCUGGGGUGAAAAGUGGGAGGAGGCUAAACGUUUGUUCAACGAGAUGGUGGAUCAAGGCGUUCGACCAAAUGUGGUCACAUUUAAUGUGUUGAUUGAUAUGCUUUGCAAGGAAGGUAAAGUUAUCAAGGCUAAGGAGUUGCUUGACAUGAUGAUUCAAAGAGGUAUUGUUCCUGAUUUGGUUACUUAUACUUCACUGAUUGAGGGGUUUUGUAAGGUUGGUGACUUGAAUAGUGCCAGGGAGCUAUUCAUUAAUAUGCCUAGUAAGGGUUGUGAACCUGAUGUGAUUAGCUAUACUAUGCUAAUCAACGGGUAUUGUAAAACAUUGAAGGUGAAUGAAGCAAUGAAGCUUUACAAUGAAAUGCUUCAAGUGGGAAAGAGGCCAAAUGUGAAAACAUAUGGUGCCUUAUUAACAGGGCUUUUUCAGGCAGGCAAGGUUGGUGAUGCAAAGAAACUAUUUGGUGUCAUGAAAGCUUAUGGUGUUGCCAUAGAUUCAUGUAUAUAUGGUAUUUUCUUAGAUGGGUUGUGUAAGAAUGGUUGUUUAUUUGAAGCGAUGGAACUUUUUAAUGAGCUAAAAUCAUACAACUUGAAAUUGGACAUUGGAAUCUUUAAUUGUCUAAUUGAUGGCCUAUGUAAAGUAGGGACACUUGAAACUGCUUGGGAGCUUUUCAAAAAACUAUCCCAAGAAGGGCUUCAACCAAAUGUUGUGACUUACAACAUUAUGAUCCAUGGGUUUUGUAGAAAGGGACAAGUAGAUAAGGCAAACAUUUUGUUUCAACAUAUGGAAGAAAAUGGUUGUACUCCCAAUGUAAUUACUUGUAAUACGCUUCUGCGUGGUUUUUGCGAGAGUAAUAAAUCAAAGGAGGUGGUUGAACUUCUUCAUAGGAUGGUUCAAAGGGAUGUGUCGCCAGAUGUCAGGACUUGCACCAUAGUCGUAGACAUGCUUUGCAAAGACGAAAAAUAUCGAGAAUGUAUAGACUUGCUUCCAAGGUUUCCUGUCCAAAAGCGUUGAUGUUGAUAAUAGAACACUUACUAGUAGACUCUUAGGACCUAUAUGAUUUGCAAAUUUCUAAUCAGCUACAUGAAUGAACAACACAUCGUUCAUGGACUCGAUAGGUUUCCACCUCUUUUCCUCUCUGUUUCACUUUCAAUUCUUGUAGAUUGCUUGCCUUUAUAGAUCCUAACUUUAAUUUUCUGA